GCUCGCGAACAAGCGGCGCCUUCUUGGUGCACAGGGCGGGCGGCCAAGAGCGAAAGGAGAUCCAGCUCCGCCGGGCAGGGGGGGGGGGGGGAGGGAGGGAAUUCCCCGCCCCUCCCCUCCCCUCCCCUCCCCUCCCGCUCGCCUUGCGGAGCCCGGGGGCCGUCGAGCCGGAGGAACUCGGCUCAACCCCCCAUCCCCUGGGAAGGAUCCCGGGCUGGGCGGCUCCUUUCCGCUCUCUGGCUGCUGCUGUUGCGGCUUCGUGCCGUCCAUGCGCCCGACAUGGCCAACCUGGUCCCGCUGCUGCGGACGGACCUCAAGGGAGGGAAGUCCGAUUGGUCCGCUAGUCUCAUUGUUGCUGCUUUGGCAGGGGCCUUCGGAUCCUCCUUCUUGUACGGCUACAAUCUGUCUGUGGUGAAUGCGCCAACCGUGCAUAUCAAGCAAUUUUACAAUGAGACUUGGGAAAGGAGGUAUAAUGAGUCCAUCACGCAGGACUUCGCAACCCUCCUGUGGACAAUAUCCAUCUCCAUUUUCGCCAUUGGCGGACUCGUUGGUGCUUUCAUUGUCACUCCUGCUGUCAAAUAUUUUGGCCGAAAUCGCACCCUCUUGCUAAAUAAUGUAUUUGCCAUUGUGGCUGCAUUAUUAAUGGCAUUUUCUCGACUGGCAGGAUCCCUCGAAAUGAUUAUUCUGGGACGAUUCAUAAUGGGUAUUGACGGAGGUAUAUCUCUGAGUGCUCUCCCAAUGUAUUUGAGUGAAAUUUCACCCAAGCAGAUCCGUGGAUCCUUAGGGCAAAUUACAGCCAUUUUCAUCUGCAUUGGUGUCUUUGCGGGACAAGUUUUGGGACUGCCUGAAAUAUUUGGGAAGGAGUUCCUCUGGCCUUUCUUGUUUGGGAUGAUCGUUGUUCCGUCAGUCAUUCAAGUUGUGAUCUUGCCUUUUCUUCCAGAGAGUCCUCGCUACCUGCUGCUUGAAAAGCAUGACACAAAAGCAGCAGAGAAAGCAUUUCAAACCUUUCGUGGAAAAUCUGAUGUGUCGUAUGAAAUCGAAGAAGUUUUAGAAGAGAGUCGGAUACAGAGGAACAUCCAGGCGGCCUCAAUCAUCCAGCUUCUACGGGACAGAAGUAAGCGCUGGCAGAUCCUGACCGUGGUCGUCACCAUGGCCUGCUACCAGCUGUGUGGCCUGAAUGCGAUUUGGUUCUACACAAACGACAUUUUCAAGGGAGCCGGCCUCAGUCCAGAGAUGAUCCCGUACGUCACUUUGAGCACAGGAGGAAUUGAGAUUCUGGCUGCUGUGUUUUCCGGCUUAGUGAUAGAACGGCUUGGGCGUAGACCUCUUCUCAUCGGGGGAUUUGGCUUGAUGAUUCUCUUCUUCAUACUACUCACUGUGUGCAUGACUUUGCAGGAUCAAGCAGAAUGGCUCAGCUACCUCAGUAUAUUCUGCAUUCUUGCAAUCAUUGCAUCGUUUUGCAUCGGACCAGGUGGGAUCCCGUUUGUCCUGACAGGGGAGUUCUUUCCCCAGUCACAAAAACCUGCUGCCUUCAUGAUUGCUGGGAUAAUUAACUGGCUCUCCAAUUUUGCAGUUGGACUUCUUUUCCCUUACAUUCAGAAAGGCCUGCAGACGUACUGUUUCCUGGUCUUCGCAGCUAUCUGCCUGGCCGGAGCCACUUUCCUCUUUUUUGUCCUUCCUGAAACGAAAAACAAGACACUUUUUGAAAUCAACCAGGCAUUUGCCAAAAAGAAGGCCUCUUCCGAAGCACGGGAGAUGGACCAGUUUGCAGCCACCAGGAAAUCGAGCGGAGAAGAGCCUCCCUUCUCUUUUACACUGGACAAUGGAGACACCAAAGCAAGAAUAUGUUAGACCCUUUACUGGGAAUAUUUUGUACUGCAGGGACUGAUACCGUACUUGUGCCGUUUGCCCAGAUCUCUCUCUUUUUUAAAAAAAUAAUAAUAACACUUCACUAUGAUUGUAGGGAAAACUGUAGUCGCUGUGGCUGACCUACAGCGUGAGAAGGGAUAAUGCAAGAUCCGCAGGGAGGUGUGUUGGAGGAAGUGGAAGUGGUGGUUAAUUUUUCACUUCAAGGUGUUCCAGUUCCAAGCAGGUCCUUGUUUGUUCUUGCAGGUGAUGGGCAGACUAUUGGCCAGGUGUCAUUUCAAAGGAGAUGUAACCAGCAUCUUCCACUUCUCAGGACGCAGCUGUCUCACCUUUUCCUCCCAUCCCCAGACUUGAUUUUGUGGCUCUUCGUAGGCAUGAGCCCUCACAGGAAGGGUUCUGCCCCGGUGUUUUGGCCCCACCUGCCUUGCCCGGCUGUCUGGGGAGCAGGAAGCUCUGGAAUGUUUCCCCUCGGUUUUCUCAAAGUACUCUCUGAAGUAAGAAAAUACCUCUACGGGUGGCCAUUCAGGCAAAAAGCGGGGAAGGGGGCCGCCUCUGAGGUGUGCCUUUGCUAUCUUGCUCGGACUUGUUGAAUUCCCGUUCCAUCAAGACCAGCGGGGAGAGAGGCCGUGAUGCCCAGCACUUUCCUACAAAGCAGUUCAUAGCUGGGCUGGUUCAGGGUCUUUGACCACCCUGAGCAAAGUAGCCCACUCCCUUAUGGUCUGGAUUCAGCAUCUACAAGCAACACUAACAGGGUCUGGCUCAGCCCACCAAGUGAUUCUUAAAGGCACAGAUCUCUCUCAUUGUACCCGGCAGUCAGGACUGCAUAGCCCUAUAAACUGCACUUAUGUCGAUAUUCCUGUUCCAAAAGUAAUUAGAACAUAAGAACAUAAGAACUAGCCUGCUGGAUCAGACCAGAGUCCAUCUAGUCCAGCAUUCUGCUACUCACAGUGGCCCACCAGGUGCCUUUGGGAGCUCACAUGCAGGAUGUGAAAGCAAUGGCCUUCUGCUGCUGCUGCUGCUCCUGAGCACCUAAUUCAUGCCCUCCCCCCACCAAGAAAGCAGCAAAGGGAUUCCCUGGGCCACAAGCUGCUAAAGAAGGGGACUGUCCUAGAACAGAUAUUCUCUCCUCUUCCCCUCCCCUCCACACAACACUUUCUGCUGGUGGUGCUGUUCCCACCGGAGAACAGAGGCCUCUUAUUUCCAAGCUCUCUUUAUAUCGAUAUCUCAAAAUAUCAUGAGAAUUAGAGGUUGGUGUUGUGUGAGUGAGUGAGCUUCAGGGGGAAGAGGGGGAAGCUGUGCAAAGCGGCACGAGGGAAAGAGAAGGCGGCCGGGGGUGGAGGGAAGAUCUCCAGGGCAAAGCUGUGCUGACUGGCAAGUCUCUCUGCUGGGGUAGCGAAGCACAUUAAAAGUCAUGCUAAAAGUGGUUUCAUUUGCCAUGGAGAGAACAGAAAGUGAAAGCGGGGCUUGAGGAAACAGGUCCGCACAAGAAAUCUUCCUUCAACUGACAUUUGCCACCACCAGACAGCAAGCAUAUUGUGUGCAGUCAACCCCAGUCUCUUCCUGGCCUGGCUCAGCUACAGCCAGUAGCAAUGCAGAUGCCAGCAGGAAUACAGGUCCCUUCCCAGAGAUGUAUCCGGGGAAAACAGCACCCAGGAGCAAUGCCUGUUCAAGCCCCUGCGCCCCACUUAUGGCAGCGGCGGCAGCUAUUGCAGGUGGCUCAGGCGGGAGCUGUGGGGGCAGGCUGGCUCCUGCCCUCCCUGUCAGCAGGGAGGCUGGGAGGGCAGGAGCCCAGAGCACCCUCUUUGCGGGGGGCUUCUGGCCUCACAGCAGGGCCCAGCUUCAAGUGCAGGUGCAAUCCCGGGGGGGGGGGGCAGAGAGGCCUCCUGGCCACAUGGCUGGGCCAGGCCUUGGGCACCGGCAAGCAGCGCCUCAGCACGGGGGGAGCUACCAGGCACCGGCCAGGUCACUGUGCUGUGGAAGAGGCUAGAUGCGGGGCCCCAGCUGGCCCCCCCUUGACCGAAAGGCAUGCUCCUGGGGACAUGGGUUACCCCAUGAGAUAGGUGGUGCGUCAUUGUCCCCUCCUGUGCUGCUGGUGGCUGGUUGAGCCUCUGCAGUAGAUCGCUCCCCAUCCCCAUCCCUCAAGGCAUCUCCUAAAGGUGUAAUCUGGGUGAUCUGGCCAAAGAACUCAGCCCGUGGAAGGCACGCUCCUUGGACAGGCCCUUCUAAGGGGAAGACUUGCCCCGAUUGGAACAGCACCUGUGGAAGUUGGCGCUCACUUGCAAAAUGACAAUAGGUGUUUCCAAGCCCUGCUAGGAAGCUGCCUUCUUGUCUCCGUGGUGUACAGUCUGAUUGGCAGCUUCUUGCCUUCUCGAAUUUGAAACAGUUUUCCAGGAACUACUCAGGGAAGAAGUGCUGGCCGUUCUCUGUGCAUUACAGGUUUCUUAGACUUGAAUCCGAUAAGUUAUUAUUUGGUUCUCUGGCCAAACCAUCUUUUUUCUGUCUUCCAUAUUUCAAUGAAAUCAAGGAAAUUAUUAAAAUCAGACUCUUCCUGAUGAUGAUCUUGCUCUGCUUUGACGUGGAACAUAUUUAUUGUAGUCCAAUUGCAAGUUUUUUACUACUUCGGAAUGAUUUUGGGGGCGCUGUAUAAAUAAAAUAAUUUAAUUUGUCUCUCA